UUUGUGGUUGGCAAUUCAACGAUGGAAACGCCCUCCAUGUUUUUACACGGCUGGACCAAUCGAUCAUUUUGCUUAUACCGGGUGGAGUUGGAUCGAGACGAGUAUGAGGUGGUGAAAUAUUCGCCUUAAACGUAAAUAUUUGCUUAAUUCUGCUAUACCUUAUCAACGCCUACCAAUUUCUCUUGCAAAAUGACAACGACAACAAUAUAUUCAGGGAUGGAAGCCGGUGCAAAAAGCAGCUCCAGGGUUCUGUGCCCUCCAGGAGGAGCCUCUAACAUCUCUUUUGGCAAUGAUGAAGAAAAGCCCCCCUGCCGCAAGAACAAGAUGGCCUCCAACAUUUUUGCUGAGCCGGAUGACCCCCACGCCCAUAGGAGGAACAACCCACCUGGUGGAAAGCCUACUGGAGUGCUGUGUGGCGAGCCAUCGGCCCCAUUGAGGAGAUGUGUGGCCCAGUCCUCUGGCAACCAUGAAGACUCCAACUCUGGGGUGUGUGCGUGCGAUGGAGACAAUGACCUGGGGAAUGCUGUUAACACUGAGGAGGCCGUGCCUGCCCAGGAGCAAAGGGACGAAGCACCCCAGCCAUCAGGAGGUUCUGCCCAGGCCGCUGCCGGGAUGCCCACAGGCCGCAGGAACCCCCCAGGGGGGAAAUCCAGCCUCAUCCUGGGUUGAGGCUCUCUUCUCCGAACUCCGCCGUUCCUUUUUUGUUUUUAUAAAAGAAAGAUCCCCACUAAUUUCUGUCCAAGAAUUGUCUCCAUCCUCUUCCUGCCUUCCCUCCCCGACUCCAUUGUUUUGAUACUUUUUCAAUUUUUGUAAGAGUUUUUUGACAGAAGCACUUUAUGUAUCUGAUUCCAGCCCCUGGCGUCCGUAGUGCUGUUGUCACAGGCCUGCUGGCCAAAGGGCAUGAGGUUUAAGUUGUCUAUCACUCCAUCCUGGUGUCAACCGUAAAAGCUCUGAAAUGCAAUCCAGAAGUAAAAAUGGGUACGAAUAUGUUGGUGCUUUUGCACUAUGUUCAUUGUUAGGCAAACUUUGUGCAUGCCUGUUUAUUUUUGUUUUUUUUGUUUUUGUUGACUCCGCUUAAGCAUUUUUGGUGAAACCUUUGUUUAAAACGUUUACUGUGAAAACAUUUUUAAGGUUAUGCUGGAUCCUAUUGUGAGUUGUUAAUGAAUUGGUGGUUGGAUGUUGGUUUUGCAUGAAAAUGGGAACAUGAACAUUUCUAUGGUAACGUCCACGUGGGGAGCCAAACUGUCAAAACACUGGUGGUGGUUUUAUUCCUGAAGACUAAGUUAAGAGGAUUUGUCCUAGUAAAUUCCUGGGCAUUCUAAUGUAAUUGAAUGGUGAGUUUUUAUUUUUGUGUUGUAUAUGUAGUCCUUAAUGUUAAAACUUCUGUUUUCAGUUUUGAGAGCCAUGUGGUGUUUUUUUUUUAGAAGGGGAAACUUUCUCAACAACAGAUGAAGUAUGCUAGUUUGUAUGUGGCGCUCCAUCUGAUAAAAUUGACAAGUGCCCUUAUGACAACUCUGCCUAGUUUUCAUUUUGUCUAGUAAUUGUUUUAUUGUCACAGUUGGAUCAACAAGAUGUGGCAUAUUAAGCAAAGUAACCAGAGUUAUGUUCAAACUUCUGUCAUAGUCUCUUACAGGUCCGAUGCCUAUUUUAUUGUCUGCCUUGUACAGGAAAACCUGUGGUUCAAUGUUUGUAUUUACACAUGUCAAUUUCUGUCAAAUUUCAAUGAAAUUGUACACGUGGCUUUAGUGAAUUCACAUGUUGACGUGCUGACAUGCUGUUCGGAAGAUGUUAAAGUGGAGAUGUGCUGCAAGACCACCUUGUUCAUGCAGGUUUGUUUCACUGUAAAAGUGAAUGUUGGCACAAAUGAAAAUGAACAUUAAAGUCACUUUUGACCAUA